AUGCAAGUUCGUAUUCUCGUCCUUUUGUUACUUUCAAUAGCCUUCACGGAAGGAUUUUUUUUCAAUUCUAAACCAAAAUGUCAAAUUAAAGCAUAUGGUUCAAGCAAAUAUAUAAUAGGAGAUAAAUUAUUACUUCAUGAAAAUUUUCGUAGUCGUGUUAAACCUUUAGAAAAUGUGGCAAAAGAUUGUAAAGUACGUUUAUAUAUUAAAGGAUCAUAUUAUCAAUUACAAGAUCCAGUACAACAAGUCUUAGUUUCUGAAGCUGAUAUAGCCAUUGGUCAUGGUUUUCGAUUUGAACUUCGAGAUGAAGAUAAUGUAGUUCUAUGCAAUAAAUUAUGCCUUUCAAAAAAUCCACGGGAUAUGCCAGAAGUGGUAUGUUUCCUGCAAGGUGCAAUUAAAAAUGGUUUGACAUGGUCACAAUCUAAUACAGAUGUUUUGAGUGAUGGUACAUAUGCUUCAAAUACAGCUGGAUAUCAAGCAUUGAAAAUAGACAUUCAAACACGAUGUCAAAAUGAAAAGUUAAAACGAGAAUUCUUACGAGCACUUCGUAAGAUAUAUGAAGAAGACGAAGAAGACAAAAAACAAUAA